AUGGCAUCCAACUAUGAAAACAGCAAAGAAGAUUUCCACACACCGACUGGAUUCUCCAUGGACGAGAUCCACGCCCUGGGUGAUUUUCCUGACUAUGCCGCACUCAGCGGCGUUCCUCUGCCGGGUCCAUACCUAGAACACGACAUUCAAACGGCUAGGCCUCGACCAUACCGGCCAUUCAGAUGGUCCUAUCACCAAACGAUGUCACUAACAAAACUGCAAACUGACUGGUGGAUCGAACUCGAGAACACCUACAAAGCUCGCAUUGCGCAGCGCAAAGAACUCUUUGCCCGAAAUGGAAAAUCCGUGCUCGAUGCUCUUCCAGGCUCUGAGCUAGCUUGCAAAGAGCUCAUGGAGAUGGUCAUUCAAUUUAUUUGUGCGCGAUAUCCGCAGCAUUUCAUGCUCGAGAACAAGCGUAUUCUCCAUAAUCAUAUCCUCGGUACUCAGCAGGAUGUUCGCGCGAAGCCACCACUGGAAGUGCUCUUGGACAAUGUGCCAGAGGACUUUGCACUGAUGAUGCGCGACGAACAAAGUGGACAUUACUUUCUACGCGCAGCGGUCGUCUGUUCGGCACUUGGAUGGAAUGUGCAGACCAAGAUCGGCAAGCAACUGCAACAGAUCCAUGCGCCGAUACCGGAUUACAAGGAAAAAAUGCAAUUCUCGAUGGAUCGCUUCUUCACCAAAAUGCCGACCGACAAGCCAAUUCAACGAGGAUCGUGGGGCCUCGAGGUCGGAGAGCCGCUUUACAUGCCACCAGGCGAUCCCCAUGAAGCCCUUCGUAAAGUACAAGACCCGGCAUUGAAGACAGAAGAGUGCACUCUUCGGGUGGAUUGGCAGACUCUUCGUCGUCUUCCCUUGUCGGCAUCUAUCGUCUUUAACUUUAAAGCUCUUUUUACUCCUGUCACCGAAUUUCGCGACGAACCUUGCGUGCCCGCACUGAUUGCGAAAAUCUUGAAAGAGGGCAAGCACAGCUUGAUGGAGUACAAGGCAGUGUGGCAUGUUCAGCAUAUGCUUCUGCCUCAAUUAGAAGAAUGGAUCAAGGAGCAAGCGGCAAAUGGACUGAUGCCUGAGAAGUGGCAGGUAUCCACGCUCGAAGACAGUCCAUGGUUUAAAGGAUGGGAGGAGAAAUGGCACCGCCAGCAAGGCUUCUGA